AAUAGUUUUUUUUUCUUUUUUGUCAUCACCACUAAAAUAGUUAUUACACGAAUAUCCCCUAUAAAGUGCUCUCUAUCUUUAAGCUGACGACAUUUCUGCACAUAACACAUCCAAUAGUUUCAACUUUCAAGUGUCAUCAUCUUUUUGUAACGGCUAAACGUUAUAACAAAAAGGGUCAACUUUAUUCGAAGUUGCCAUUCUCACGCAACAUCAAAUUGCUCAAGUUCAACGAACAUAACAUACCUCCCCCCCUCUUAAAUAUAGCUUGUAUUAGGGUUACAAAUUAAUCAAGAUACAUCAAAUUAUUUCCCUUUUAAGAAUUUUGGUUUUGAACUAUUUAAUUAUUCUUUGAACUAGCAAGGCCAAAAAAAUCAGAUGGCCAACCCUUUAUGGAUUUUGAUUUAAUUUAUAAAAUUAGUUUUUGUAAUCAUCGUGGUUUAGUGUUGUUUUGUCUAAGUUUGAUUCGACAUCAUGAAAUAUUUUUACAUAAACGUAUACUAUAUCAGUACUACCAAUAUUAUUAUUUUUUGGUUCAAUGUUUUUAACUUGCAUAAAUGCAUUUGGUGGAAAGCAAUGUCUCAGCUAAAAUUUAAAUAAAUGCCUGCAAAUCAACUAUACUUUGGGUCAAAUCUCAUCUAAGCUUAUUAAUGGGUUAAAAUAAUUGAUAAAAGCAUCAUUGAAAAGAAUAAAAUCAUAUAAAUCUUAAGUCUAAAACAUCCUCAUUGGAAGAAAAAAUGUAAAUGUUUUGCUUACUACUUAUAUGACUGUAUUAUUAACCACAUUUAUCGAUCGGCCAAAGAAUAUAAAUCCAAAUAUUAUAAUAUUUUAUCCAUAUAUAUGCAAAGGUUUUUUCUUUCGGAACAAUAAAAUGGACUUAUAUAUCACUUUUACACAAAAAAUUACGAGAGUUAUACUGGAACUUAAACAUACUUUCUGAAGAUGGCUUAAUCUCACACUUCCUCAGAAGUCCGUCGUCGGCUUUUAGUUCUCCAUAUAAUUUUGAACAACGCUUUGGGGCCCAUGUGAUGACUACAUCAAGAUUCCGAUUGUUAUCUAUCCAAUUAAUUUUAUUUCGCCUUUUUUAAAUACCAUGAAAAAAUAACGACCUAUAUAUACCCAACGCAACCACUUGAAGAAUUAUUCGAUGUUAGUUUGGGUUGUAAUUCCUCCUUUCUCCCACAUGAUGUCAUUCUCUUGUAACUCUUAUGUACAAAAUCACGCCCCUUUAGAUAAUCACGAUGAUGAUGUUGAUAUUGAUCAUCAUGCUAGUGAUCAUCAAGAGGAGAGUGGAUGGACAACUUAUCUCGAAGAUUUCUCAAAACAAUACAGAAAUCACCGCGAAGAUAGCGAUCAUCAAGACAAGAGUUCGUGUUCGCUUCUUGGCGUCUCUCCUUCUCUGGUCUCAGAUGCCGCCACUGAUGCCUUUUCCGGCAAGAGUUUUUCAGUUAAAUUUUCGGCGAAGUUGAAGUUUGGGAAAGCAAGAACCAAGAAGAUUUGUGAGGAUGAUUCUUUGGAGGACACGGCUAGCUCUCCGGUUAAUAGCCCUAAGGUCAGUCAGUCUGAACAUAUCCAGACGCCACCUAGAAAACAUGACUACUAUGUCUCUUCUAGUUUCGUUAUGAGAAAUACGAGAGGCAUGGAGGAUCAUCAAAUCCAAAUCCAAGAAGCGGAUGGACAAAAUAUGAGUAUGAGGGGGAAUCUCAGAGAAGGAAACAACAUCAACGACAAUAAUAUGGACUUGAGGAGUCGAGGAUUAUGCGUCGUCCCUAUUUCCACGUUGGCUAACUUUAAUGGUCGCUUCUGACUAAUAAUCAAUUCGGAUUAAAGCAGCCUUAUAAAUUUGGCGGUGUUUAUAUAUGCACCCAUCGAUCUUGUAUAUACUUGCUUGUUGUAUGUUCACUGGUAUGUGCUUAAUGACAUUUGUAUGGUAUGUUUAAAUCUAUAUAAUUGUAAGUCGCUGGGAUAUAUGUUAAAGUAUACAUAUGCAUUUCUAA